AGAGGAGGGCUUUAUACUGGCUAAUCUUGGGAAUAAACUGAAUCUUUUGUACUUGGGAAACAUGGAGAUUAGCAAGAAGCCCAGUUUCAGAGAAUUCUGAACGUUAAGUCCAUCUGAGGGCUGUAAUCUUUCAUGAAUUUAAUCAUCCUCCCUUUACCCUGUAGAUGGUGGCUGCAGGAGUCUGUCGCACAGAUGACCAUGUGGUUAGUGGACAGAUGACCUCACCAUUUCCUGUGAUUGUAGGCCAUGAGGCAGCUGGCAUAGUGGAGAGCAUUGGAGAAGGGGUGACUACAGUAAAACCAGGUGAUAAAGUCAUCCCGCUCUUUCUUCCCCAGUGUGGAAAAUGUGCUGUUUGUAAACACCCAGAAGCCAACUUCUGCGUGAAAAAUGAUCUGAGUGUGCCUCGGGGGAUCAUGGAGGAUGGCACCACCAGGUUCACCUGCAGAGGGAAGCCUGUCCACCACUUCCUUGGCACCAGCAGCUUCUCUGAGUACUCAGUGGUGGAUGAGAUCUCAGUGGUCAAGAUAGAUCCAGCUUCACCUCUGGAGAAAGCCUGCCUCAUUGGCUGUGGGUUUUCUACUGGUUAUGGGUCUGCUGUCAAUGUUGCCAAGGUCACCAAGGGUUCCACCUGUGCCGUGUUUGGCCUUGGAGGAGUUGGCCUGUGUGUAAUCAUGGGCUGUAAGGCAGCCGGAGCGGCCAGGAUCAUUGCAGUGGAUCUCAACAAAGACAAAUUUGCAAAGGCCAAAGAGGUGGGAGCCACUGAGUGCAUCAAUCCACAGGACUUCAAGAAACCCAUCCAUGAGGUGCUGAAGGAAAUGACCGAUGGAGGUGUGGACUUUUCAUUUGAAGUCAUUGGUCGGCAUGACACUAUGGUGGCUGCCCUGUCAUGCUGUCAUGAGGCAUAUGGUGUAAGUGUCAUUAUAGGGGUACCUCCUGGUUCCCAGGACCUUGGAAUGAACCCUAUGUUGCUAUUGACUGGACGCACCUGGAAAGGAGCAUUUUUUGGUGGCUACAAAGGUAAAGAUUCUAUCCCCAAGCUUGUGGCUGAUUUCAUGGCUAAGAAGUUUCCACUGGAAUCAGUAAUAACCCAUGUUUUACCUUUUGAAAAAAUAAACGAAGGGUUUGACCUUCUUCGCUCUGGAAAGAGUAUCCGUACGAUCCUGACAUUUUGAGACAAUGCAGAUUCCUUCACUUGUAGCUGCCUCGGUCUCCUCCAAUGCCUACAUCAUCUGAAGUACCAGCCAAAUGACACCACUAAAUCUGCUUUUCAGUGAUGUGAUUAAUAAAUUACA